AUGACUCGUACCGACCAGAGGAAACGGGUUUUGCACCCGCACUUCGCCAAAUGGUUUCCACGCUGCGUCCCAAAAGGCUUCAGAGAGAAUCCGGCUAUCAGGAUUUUCUGCUUCCAUGGAGCUGGGAUGGAUGUAACGGUGUGGACCGGCGUCGGGACGCCCAAGGCACCCACAGUGAAUCCGCUUGUUACUUUUUGCGAGAAGGAGGAUGCGCAGUUGCUCGCGGCACAGCUUCCUGGCCGCAGUCUGCGGAGUAAAGAAUCAGUCCCAGAUACAAUCCAAGACUGCGCGGCGCAGCUCCUCGAAGUUAUAACUCCUUUGGCGUCCUCUCAUGUACCGUACGUUCUGGUGGGUUACUCCAUGGGCUGCUGGAUUGCGUAUGAACUCGCCUGCGCGCUCGCUAAGAAAAAACAGGCAGACGCAAGCGUGCGUCUGCCCGUUCGGAUGAUUCUUGCGUCUAUGGUCAGUCCUGAUACCAUCCCAAAAGAUCGACCAUGGAGAGAGACGCGGAAUCUCAGCGACCAGGAGUUUCAGGAGGAGCUUCGUGGGUGGAGCUGCAACGACGUGCUUUUCCAACCUGAUCUGUGGUCCGCGUACGGCCAACUCUUGCGCGCCGACCACCGAUUACUGGACGACUAUGUCCCUACCACUCCAGAGAAUCCUCUCGGUGUCCCAUGUUCGGUAUUCCGAGCGCGAGACGAUCUGAAGCUUAAGAGUCCAUCGUACUUCUUCAAUUGGUUUUCCUUGCUCGAGCGGGAUUGCUCAGCACGGGAGAAAAAGGUUUCAGCGUUGAAACGCGAUGCCAACGGGGACGGUGUCGCUACGUCAAGCAUCCACAGCGGUAUAGAAACAACGGACCGUACACCUCGCAGCGUGAAUGAACCGCAGAACACGGGUAACGGUGUGCAUCUCGGUAGAUCCACUCCUGACAUGGUCAAGAAAUCUCGCGGCAGAGCUUCGGACACUGAGGAACGACUCACCGCCCGCAUUGGCGUGCUUGACGGAAACCACGGACUUCUGUACAACACAGAGUGCCGGGCGAAAUUUUUCGAGCAAAUUGUCGAGCUGGUUGAACAGGAUCUUCUUGACUUCAUGUACGAUGGCAUGUGA